GCAUGGAAACAAGCUUUGCUAAACGAUCUUCUCAUUUGCAUUGUUUUUCUUUUAUAGAAACCAGCAAGCAAAUAAUCAUUUUUUUUUGUUGGGGAAAUAGGUUUUAAUCGUUUAAUUAUUUAUUCUCUCGUUAAAGAUGUCUUGGCAGAGAUGGAUUAAACCCGAGGUUUACCCUUUAAUGGUACCAAUUGCGGGAGUUAUUGGACUAGUUGCAACGCAACUUGUACGUAACAUAUCCACCAAUCCUGAUGUGAGGGUUACUAAAGAAAAUAGAGCCGCGGGGAUCUUGGAGAACCAUAGCGAGGGUGAAAAGUACGCGGAGCAUAGAUUAAGAAAGUUUGUUCGAGGUCGGACCCCUCAGAUCAUGCCAUCAAUCAACGACUAUUUUACUCGGGAGUAAUGUUUUGAAAAUCAAAUAGAUUGAUUGAAGUGGUACCAUAUUGGUUGAAUUUUGCAUCGAUUUUCAUAUCAUGGAUUUAGAUAAACAAAUUUGAAAAGAGAUAUGAUGUAUUUUUUUCAAUCUGUUCAUUAGCAUUUAGGGGUGUGUUUUUUCUUUAUCGAUGGAUAACAUUUUCUUUA